UAUCUCAUGGAUCAUCAAGUGAUCAUCCUCAUUUUUGCAGGAGCACUGCUCAGUGUUUCCUUUGCACAGACUCGUCAGUUCUACUUUGUGAACACCCCUUUAAACUGGAGAGAUGCUCAGAGUGUCUGCAGACAGAACUACGCUGAUCUGGCCACCAUAGAGGAUACAGCUGAUGUUGAUGCGGUUAUUGUUGCAUUAUCAAGUUAUACAGGGAAAGCCUGGAUUGGUCUUCACGAUGACAUGGUGAACAGUUGGAGGUGGUCUUUGAGUGACAGCAGCUUUUAUGGUGAUGGAGAGUUAUCAUUUAGGAAUUGGUACCCUGGCGAGCCCAACAAUCUGAAUGGACAACAGUUGUGUGUCCGUUUUUAUGGUUCCGUUAACGGUUUAUGGGAUGACGAUGAUUGCUCUGAGGCACUGCCUUUUGUUUGCUAUCGAGGCAUGGUUUCUGGCACCCCCGGUUACAUUCUCAUUAACACCCCAUUGAACUGGACAGACGCACAGAAAUACUGCAGGCAGAAUUAUUUGGAUUUAGCAAGCAUACGGAGUAUUGCAGAGAAUAACAUAAUUGAAGCCGUAUCAGGAAGUGAAUGGGUCUGGAUUGGUCUGUAUCGCCAGAAAGUGUGGUCUGAUGGAAGCCAAUCGGUGUUUCAGUACAACAUAGUCGUUAAACAAGGCUCUACUGGAGAUCAAUGUGUUACUGUAGAGAAGCCGGGACAAUGGUCAAAUUAUGACUGCUCUUCUCAAUUUUCAUUUAUUUGUCACAAAUCAGUUCCUCUGAAUGUGAAUAAUUUGACUUUAUUGAGAAGAACAGAGACUAAUGUCACUCUGCAGUGGAGUAAGAUCAUCAAUGCCAGCUAUGUGCUCCAGUUUAAUGGUAGAGAGAGGAUGAUUUCAGCCCCUGAUGGUGAUGGACCAGUAACUUUCACAGUCUCAUCUCUCAGUGCUGGAACAACAUACACAUUCAAUCUUUACUCUGUUUAUGGAAACACCAGAAGCACCGGAGUACAACUGACCGUAACAACUGCUCCUCAAAAUGCAGAAAACUUUCGAGCAUCUGCACAGACUGAGACCAGCAUUACUCUUGAAUGGAGUAGAAUGAACACAAAUGUCAGCUUCAUCCUGCAGUUUAAUGGAACAGAGACAAACAUCAGCGCACCAGAAGGAGGAGGACCUGUAUCAUACACGGUCACAUCACUCACUGCUCGGACAGAAUACACCUUUACUCUCUUCUGUGUGUUUGAAGGAAUAAGAAGCAGUGGAGUGACAGUUACUGCAUUCACGGUACAUAACUACGUCAUUGGACUGGACAUGGGAUUUAAGUCUUUUGGUGCGAUGACUGAAGCUGAAGUGCAGAGAGCCAUUGAAGAGUUUCUGCAGACAUAUGGACUUUCACCAAACGUGUUGUCUAUAAAAGUUAAACCUGUGCAACCGUAAGACAACAGAAGGAGGAUUUUCCUUCAAGACAACAGAACCUGGAGUGUGUUUCGUGUUUGGAUCAACAUUAUUUUAUACUUUUCUUAUUAAAGUCUAUAGCCUCCUUAUACUAUAGUUAUAGCUUCUUUGUGACUUUACUAUGUUAUUAAUUAAUUUUUAAAAUUUUUGUUUAAAAAAAACCUUUUAUGUAAAUUUAUACAGAGGAAUAACUAUGCCACUAUCAUUGAGUUUUUCCCAAGGACAGCAUUUUAAUCCUUUCCUGAUUUUCCAGUUGAUCAAAAAUAAACUAAUAUGCUUUAUAAAAGGUUUAUGAGGUCUUGUUUGAAGUUUAUUUUGUUCUUCAAAUGCCACAAUUUGCAACUUUUAAAUGAUAAUCAACAUGAACCAAAAGGGACUGGGCUGACUCAUUCGCUUUAUUAAAUGUUUUUGUUUCCACAGAAAAGUGAGUCUUGAUCAGUCAUAAAAAAAAAAGUUUUGGUACAGAAACAGAAACAGCAUUCUGCAAACAACCAUGCUUAAUAUAAGCAUUAUGUGACUUGCACUUUUUGUGAAUGGUGUUGAUGACAGUCAUCCCAAUGAUUAAGUAGUUUAUGACACAGACUGAGAGAUCAUUUAAAGCUCUGGAGACUUUUCCAGGUGUUUUGACUUAAUUAGCUGUAAGAGUUUUCAACAUGUUAUAUUUUCACAAUAUUCUAAUUUCUGUGACACAAAUGUGUUUUUUUGUUACCUGUAAGCCAUGAUUAUCAAAGUUAUAGGAACAUUUUUUAAUCAGUUGCAUCUAGUGAUAAACAAUACCACACUUUUAAGAUCCAAUACAGUCUGAUUAUUUUUUGCAUGAAAUAUUUGAUACUGAUUACUGGCAUUUUUUAUUGGAGAUUUUUUUUAAGGUUGUCAUAAGUUAUCCGAAAAAUUACCACCAGAGACAGACCAGAUAACUUUUUUGUGCAAGGUUCAAAAUACAAAACAAAAAUUAAGAUAAAUAUGAAUAAAUAAAAAUGUAUUAAAAAAAGAACAAAAAAGUGCACAUUGAGAAAGUCUGAUUGGUAUUUUCGAAGAGCAACACUAAUAUUUUUUAGGUUGGAGAUAAUUUAGCUGUUGGCUAACCAUCUUUGCUGCUUUAGAAAACAGCCUUUCUGAUGGAACAGAUGUAACACCAGUUCAGAGAUAUUUUUUAGCUCUUUACUCAAUAGUGAAAAUGCCCUUUUAUUUUCUUUCUUCAAAGACUCCUCAUUCCCUGGGAUCAGUUUUUCUUUCAUGUAUUUCAAUUUAUGCAUCUGUGUUUGCUGUACGACUGCUCUGAGAACCUAAAACCUGAGUGUCAAACUCAUUCCACAAUCCUCCCUGGGAAACUGAACAUGGUGGCAUAACUAGUGGCUCUUCUGGUCACAUGACGGCUGGAACAGUUCAAUACGCUGUGAGCAGGGAGGAGUUUCAACACAAAAUACUGGAGUAACUCACCUGCUAAUCAAAAAUACAUAUAAAUGAUGCAUGCACUUUUAUUUUUUCUUGUUUAUUAAUUAGCAAUCAAUAUUUUAGUAUAGUACUCAAUACUAAAAUUGGUGAUGUAUGGUAAUAAAUACUUGGAUAACUUGGCAUUGAUCAUCCCAUCACUAGAUGGAUCCUCUCCCUCUGGCCCGGCUGCAGUUCAGCUGCUGCAGCUCUAGAUGGGGACCUGUAUUGCCACCUUGCUGUGGUGACGCUGGGUCCCUGCAUGCGUUGAUGCAUUGGUGGGCUAAGCACCUAUCCCCAAAGGAAAAAGUAUGGAGAGAUGUUUCUGCCACCAUGUUGCACACAAAACUGUCUAAGCUGUAAAUGAAAAUAUUAAAUAAUUGCUAUCAAAAGAUUUAUUUCAAUGUUCUCCAUGUUUAAUUUAUUGAGCUUAUUUUCUUGUUUGAUUUUUAUUUUGGUGUACACCACUUGUGUUACGUUACGAAAAGUGCUAUAUAAAUAAAGAUAUUUGAUUUGAUUUGA